UUGACACAUCAGAGCAGCUCAUUCAGUUGACAUGUGUUUCCUAUGUGUGUUGUGCGCAGAUCCUUAAAUAACCCCAGUCACCUGUUCUUAACAACCUUCAAAAGAAAGAAAGUAGACAUCAUGGGAGCAUCUUCCUCUGGCUUGCUGGAUGAGGCCAAAAUCAGCUACAUCAAAGGACUGGUUGAUGGUACAUUCCAGAGCUUCAGUGACUUUUACCGUCAGCAGUACUCUGUAGCCUACCUUGGACACUUACACCAGGAGGUGGAGCCUAAGAGAGAGGGGAGGGGGUUAUUGCUUACACGUAGGCCUCAGUAUGCUCCUGAAGAGGUGCUGUAUGAAGGGAGCAUUAAGUUCUCCAACUGGGAUGAGCAGCUAAAGAAAUGCAGAGAGAGAUACAUAAUUCUGCGAAGAGACUACAAAGCAGAGAUACAUGAUGGCAUGGAGACUUUCAACCGUGGAUGUGUGGCUAAGAUGGUCCUCCAGCUGACGGGGGCAAUUGUUUUCACCAAAGAUGACGAAUCAAGAGCUCACCUUGAGAAAACCUGUGCCGGAAUACUGAAUGGAGGAAAGGAGGACUCUUCUUCUGCAGUCGUUAAUCCAGAUGCAUUUGCUGUGCAUCUCCACUUGGCUUACACAGGCCACACCUGCUUCCUGUUUCAACAAGAGGAGGAGCGAGAUGACUUCCUGUCUGGCCUGAAGACCUGUAUUAGACAUCGCAACCUUGACCCGUGGUGUAAUUCAUCAUAUGAGAAUCAAGCAUAUGCACGAGCCCUCCGACUCUACCGACAAGACAAAGGAUGCUAUGAAUCCUGGGAAAUGCUGCUGGGCACUGAGGAACAAGUGCUUGCCUCCCAGGUGAUGGAGGAAGUGUUGCCAUGGUUACACAGUCAGCUUCAGUCCAGGAUAAAAGGCAAGAAGACUGAAAAGAUACGGCAAUGGCUCGCAACAGUGCAAGCAACCCACACGUUGGUGCUGGAAAAGCUGACUGCAGGUCUGGAGGCUCUGAAGAAGGAGUGCCGUGAGACAGCAUCAGACAAUCAGGCACUCAUCAGAUCCAAUCUGGACCAGAUAAUGUCCUCUCACUUGUUCCUGGAGCAAAAAGUCAGAGCAUGUGUAUGUGAAGAGGCAGAGAAAGUGUGCAGUGAGUCUGUAGCACCCUACAUGUCCUCCAUCCUUGAAGCACUUACUGAGAACAUAAGCGGAGGUAUUCUUGGGAUGCAGCGCACGCUGAAAACACAGAUGGAUUCGGCCUUUUUACACAAAAACGAAGGGACACAGGAGACAAAGAAGGCCUUGUCCAGUCUACGAUCAAUGCGUCUAGAUCAGUGCUACAAGCAGGUGGAGAACCUGACAGAGAAACUCGAAGCCUUAAAAGAGCGAUUUGGAUUGAGCAGCAUUCAUAGACUGGUUCACUAUGCAAGUCUGGAGAUGGAGCUGUUGCUGGACAGUGCUGUCUACACCUUGGAACAGUUCCUCCAGUCAUCAGCCAGACUGCAGCCCACUGAGGUUCCUGUUAAGUUGAACAGGGCUACAGAAAGAGUGCUGAAGCAGCUGGACUAUGACAGCAGGGUAGUCCAGAGGAGGCUGUACGAGGAAGCCCUGCUGGAGAUCACUCUGCCUACUCUCACCAGGAAGAUGGACAGCAAGUGGAAAACUGAGCUGCAACAGUUUGAGCAGUACAUUUUCGCUGACUACAGCAGUUUUAUCCUGGUUCAUAACAUUUACGAUGAUGUUCUGAAAACCAUUCUCAGCAAGCAGAUAGAGACAGCUGUCCAGGAUGCAGCUAGUAAGAAAAGCAACAAUCUCCUGUUGGACACUUCAGAUCUUGCAAUUAGUCAGUACAGUUUGCUGGGACAGACGCCUCCAAACUCUGCACCAGACAGCCCAUCUGUUCAUGCCCGACGGUCCUCCUCGGCCAUGCCCACUGAUGAUCAAGAAACUAUUUCUGCAGUGGAAGAAAAAAGUCAGACAGUUGAUGUUUGCCCCCAGAGGAAGACAGAAGGUAACACUGAUAGUGAAUGUGACCAGAGCACAGUGCUUCUUUCUCCAGUUAUUAUCGUGACACAACAGUUGGAUGAAACUGGCAGCAAAGAGGACCUGUUCCUGAAGGAAACCAUAGAAGUUCAGAUCACAACUGAUGCAUCUUCUACAGCAACAGAGCCAACAAUAGCAAACAGAUCAGACACACAUGCAAAUGUUACAUAUGAAGUCAAUGCACCCAAGUUAUCUGCUGAACAAGGACCGACCAUCCCAGACUCUCUGGAGUCGUCCCCUCUGGUCUCACCUCAGACAACAGAGAUCCAAGUUCAAAGUGAACCUGCUAUGCCUGACCUUUCAGUCUCAAAUCAGCCAUCAGAAGAGGAUUCUUCCAUCCAGCCUGCCUUACCAUCACACCCACCUGAUGCAAAUAGUCCAGUACAAAUCAGCCUCGGAUCACUAAGUGAGGCAAUUGCUUGCAGUUCCUCAGAACCUUCUGUUAUGCCAAUGAUGGGACAGCAGACCACUGACAGAGCAGUCUAUUUGACAGGAGAACUUAAAGACAAUUGGGAGGUGGAGAGAGUAAAAGAGGAGAAACACAAAGAUGAAGCAGAAAUUGAGGGGCGUGAGACAAUUCAAGCACGGGAAGAACAGAGAGAGAAAGAAGAGGUAACAGAGGAAGAAACAGGUGAGGGGCAGAUGGAGAUCCAAACAGGAGGUGAGCCUGCUGAUGACAGCUCAUCUGGAUCACCAGUGGAGACCACCACUGCCUUAAACACAGAGCAGAAAAAGAAUAAAGAGAUGAUGGAGGAAGAAGUGCCAAGCAGUGAACUCAGGAUUGAAAAUAAAAAGGAUGAAGAUGAAGCAGUCACAGAGAAAGGAGAUUCUACAGAAGAAAAAAAAGAAGAGGAUACACCAGUAGAGAGUGCUAAUGAGCUACCUUCGGACAGCGUGGCUUGCAUCAGAGAACUUGUGGUUGAGAUUAUUGAGAUAGAAACAACAGUCUCCCCUGUUGCUGACAGUAGCAACAAUCUCUGAAACAAGCAUUAAAACAGCAAGAGCAGUUCCAGACCAAUGAUUCCCAACCAGAUAAAAGUCACUUCAAUAAGCCUUACAUUUUCUAAUUAUUCCAGACAGAAAUUUGUGCUGAUUUAAUUAAUGUGCUGUGUUUUCAUACAACAGUAAACUGAAAAAUGGAAUAGUUUGUCAUUCUAUUGUAACUCUUUUGUUGCUUUUUUUGAUUCUAUAUUUUCUAUAACAAUUGCAUUGAAUCAUCCAAAUAAAGAUGUUAAACUUG